GUACUAGUUGGUGGUGGGUGCAUCCAAAAUUAGAAUUCAGGAAGACUUGAUUAAAUAAUUCAGCUAGCUAGCUGCGAUGAAAUGAACAUCUAUCUCAUUACCAAAUCUAUCUUCUUUAAAAAUAAUCCUCGAAUAUGGCAGAUCGUGUGGUGAAUUUUUUUGUGGAGAAUUUGUUGCAACUAUUAAGUGAUAAUGUUGAGCUGAUUAAAGGUGUUGACGACGACUUCAAGCUUUUGUUGGAAGAAGUUAAACGUUUGAAAGCCUUCCUUGACGAUGCUGCCAAGUUCCACAGUGACAGUAAUCAGUGGGAACAGUUAGUUCAGGAUAUUCAAAGAAUGGUAUUCAAAGCCGAGGAUGUGAUUGAUAAGUUUCUGGUUCAGGCGAAACUACACCGAGAUAAGAAUAAGGUGGGAAGAUUCUUUGAUGUAAGUCAUCUUGCAACGGUCAGGGCUCUUGCAGCUGAGAUCAAAGCCAUUCAUGAGAAGGUUAAAAAACUUCGAGAAGACAAUAAAGAUGCUUUCCAGCCUAAACCAGUACUUGAGUUGCCUAAAAAAGGGCAUGAACUGACACAGGGGCCUUCUUUGGAGGAUGAUGAAGUGGUUGGCUUUGAUGAAGAAGCUAACAAAGUGAUCAAGCGACUUUUUGAAGGACCGGCAGAAUCUCUGGACAUUGUUCCAGUAGUGGGUAUGCCCGGUCUUGGAAAAACUACACUAGCAAGGAAAAUCUACAAUGAUUCUAAGCUUUCAUAUGAAUUUUUCAGCAUCAUUUGGGUUUACAUCGGACAAUCUUACAAAAUAAAGGAUAUUUUUCUUAAUAUUCUCAAAUUCUUCACAAAACGCAUAGAAGAUCAUCUCAAUGACGAUGUGGACACAUUAGCUAAUGUAAUUAGUGUUUAUAUGAGUAAAGGCGGCAGGUGUUUCAUAGUUUUGGAUGAUGUGUGGGAAGCAAUAGUUAUUGAUUACGUAAAGAAAGUUUUCCCAGAAAACAAAAAGGGGCAUCGAAUCAUGAUGACCACACGUGACGUAUAUCUGGCUACUUAUGCCAAUCCAGAUCCUCAUGAUCUGAAAUUUUUGACUCCACAAGAAAGUUUUGAAUUGUUGGUAAAGAGAGUUUUUGGAAACGGAAGCUGUCCUGAUGAAUUAGUUGGACUUGGAGAAAAAAUUGCAGGAAGCUGUGAUGGAGUACCACUUGCAGUAGUGGUAAUUGCAGGAGCAUUAAGAGGUCGUCCCAACAAAAGUGAUUGGCAAAGAGUUCAGAAAAAUGUGGCACAACAUCUUUAUAAGAAUAGCCAAGAGAGCUGCUUGAAAUUUGUACAGAUGAGUUAUGAUCGUUUGCCCCAAGAAGUGCAGACAUGCUUCUUGUAUUGUGGUAUCUUUCCACGAGGCUUUGAUAUUGCUUCUUGGAAAUUGAUUCGCAUGUGGAUAGCGGAAGGGUUAAUAAAGCCCCAACAAACAUACACUCUUGAGGAGAUCGCUGAGCUUCAUUUGAACGAUCUUGUUAAUAGAAAUUUACUGAUAUUGAUGCAAAAGAGGUCUGAUGGUCAAAUUAAAGCAUGCCGUCUUCAUGAUAUGUUGCACGAGUUUUGCAGAAAGGAGGCUACUAACAAAUGGCUUUUUCAUGAAAUAUGUAAAACACCUGAUAAUGUUAUUCCUUCUAUACAGGACCAAGAUACUAGCCGCCGAUUGUGUAGUGAACCCUCUGUUCUGUAUGACUUUCUCUCCACAAGACCUUUUGCAGAACAUGUGAGAUCUUUCUAUUGUUUUUCCUCAAAACAAAAACAAAUUGAGUUGUCUCCUAAUGACAUAAAACUCAUUCACAAAGCAUUUCCACUUAUUAGGGUCUUGGACGUUGAAUCUCUCAAAUUUCUUUUCUCCAAGGACUUUAACCAAUUAUUUCAUUUGAGGUAUAUUGCUAUCUCAGGUGACUUUAAGUCCCUUCCUCCAACCUUUGGUAAAUUUUGGAAUCUACAAACUCUAAUACUUAAUACAAGUACCUCAGAGCCCACCAUUGACGUAAAAGCAGAAAUAUGGAACAUGUUACAGCUGCGGCAUCUGCACACCAACAUACCUGCAAAAUUGCCAUCACCUACUACCACAACAGGUAAAGCUUCUUGUCUACAAACUCUUUCUAUGGUUUCACCAGAAAGUUGCAAGAAAGAUGUACUCGCUAAGGCGUGUAAUCUAAAAAAGUUGGGUAUUCGAGGUCAAAUGGCGGUUUUUCUUGAAACCAGAGGUGGAAUCAGCAAUCUUGAAGAGUUAAAGUGCCUGGAACAUCUGAAACUGUUGAAUGAUGCUCUUUACAUGAAUAAAUCGCUUCAUCUCCCUCCAGCAUUCUUUAGACUUGUACGUACAGUGAAGAAGUUAACUUUGGCUAACACAAAGUUUCCAUGGAGUGAGGCGGAUAGAUUAGGGCAAUUGGAAUCCCUUGAGGUUCUAAAGUUGAAAGAAAAUGCAUUCAUGGGUGAUACUUGGAGGCCGGAGGUAGGAGGUUUUAGCCAGCUCCAGGUAUUGUGGAUAGAGAGGGCAGAAUUAGAAACUUGGGAAGCGUCGAAUCUUUGCUUCCCCAUCCUUAGUCACCUUGUUCUUGUCUCCUGUGAUAAGCUCAACGCUGUGCCACUUGAGCUGGCUGAUAUACCUAAUCUUCACGAGAUGAAGCUGGAUAAUACAAGCAAAGCGGUCAAAUCUGCAAAAGAAAUACUGGAACGUAAGACAUCCAAAAACAUAAAAUUCAAGUUCAGCAUGUUCCCUCCCGAAACUGAAUCCAAGGCCACACAGUGAAGUUGAAA